GGGGGAAGGGCGGUGGGGACUCGCUGUAGACGAGGGUCAGAAAAACUAUACGGGUAGCACGAAGAGGGAUAGGAGAGAAAAGAGGAAGAAAGACGUUCAGCAGAGUCUGGAGCAGGUGCUCGAGAAGAUGACUGAGGACAUGAUUGCCAAGAUGGAGGGCAAGCGGUUCAUACGUGGAGCAUACUACAUGGUCACACAGUUGUUGACGCGAGCAUAUCACCAAGGCAUCCACGUCUCCUCCGAAGAAAUCGUCCGCCUCCGUAAAGUCGCAAUCGAAGCUCAGAAAAAGAAACAGUCCAUCAUCUUCCUCCCCUGCCAUCGUUCUCAUGUCGACUACGUCUCAUUGGCAAUCAUCUGCUACCGUCUCGGCCUUACUCUACCCGUGGUCGUGGCGGGCGACAACCUCAAUUUCCCUCUCGUCGGUCCGUUCCUGCAAAGUGCUGCAGCGAUGUGGAUCCGACGGUCGUUUGGGGACGACCAGCUCUACACGACGCUCGUGCAGGCAUACAUGGACACUCUGCUUCAGCAAGGAUUCAACUUCGAGUGCUUCGUCGAAGGCACGCGAUCGCGAACCGGAAAACUGCUCCAGCCCAAGUUCGGGAUCUUGGGCUUCCUUCUCGACUCCGUACUUUCGGGCCGGGUUAAAGAUGCCAUCAUCUGCCCCGUCAGCACACAGUAUGACAAGGUCAUCGAAGUAAACAGCUAUGUCUCCGAGCUGCUGGGGCAGCCGAAGCAAAAAGAGAACCUGAUGGACUUCCUCUCCGCGUCAUCCAUUCUGAGCCUCAGACUGGGGCGCGUCGACGUCCGUUUCCACGAGCCCUGGAGCCUUCGAUCCUUCAUCGACGACCAGAUGGCGAGUUAUACCAAGAUGCCGCCGCAAAUGCCCACUGAGCCGAAUGGGAAGGACACGACCCGGCUCCGGUUGCUUCGCACGCUCGGUUUUAAGGUCCUAGCGGAAAUCAACGAAGUGUCGGUCGUCAUGCCGACUGCAUUGAUCGGCACCAUUCUCCUGACAUUACGGGGACGCGGCGUUGGAAAGAGCGAGCUAGUCAGGAGGGUGGAUUGGCUGUGCGCACGCGUCAAGUCCCGAGGUGGGAGAGUUGCGCAUUUUGCUGGACUCCCAACGGAGACGGUCGUCGAGCGCGGGCUGGAAGUUCUGGGACCGGAGUUGGUCGGGGUCGUCUAUGGCCUUGUGGAGCCGACGUUCUAUGCGGUGGAUCGGUUCCAGCUUUCAUUCUAUCGUAACAUGACCAUCCAUCUGUUCGUCUCGGAGGCCAUCGUGUCGGCUAGUCUAUAUGGCCGAGUAAAACUCGGCGGUGGUCUCGAGCACCAGCGCAUGCCGUUUGAGGAGCUUCGUGAUCAAGUUCUGUUCCUCUCGCAGCUCUUCCGCGGGGAGUUCAUCUUCCCGACCGACGGCCUUGAAGCGAACCUAUCCAAAACGCUCCAAGGGCUCGAGCAGGAUAAGGUCAUCCACAUCGUCAGGAACCAGCAAGAUCCGUCGCAGAUUGAGUUCGUGGAACUGAGCGAAGAAGAGCGGGACCAGGGACGCGAGAACUACGACUUCUACUGCUUCAUGAUUUGGCCAUUUAUCGAAGCCAGCUGGCUCGGUGCGGUAUCUCUCAUGGCGCUGACGCCUCCAUCAGGGCAAGGCGAGGAUAUGUGGCUGGACAUGAAGAAGGUGCAGGAUAUGGCUCAACUGCUCGGUAAAACCCUCUACCAUCAAGGCGACCUCUCCUACUUCGAAGCCGUCAACAAAGAAACCCUCAAAAACGCCUACCAGCGCUUCGAAGAAGAAGGCAUCCUCCUCGUCGCCAAAUCCAAAGACGCCCGCAUCCCCACCACCGUCCGCCUUGCCCCUGACUGGGUCCCGCCACGCGCCCCCUCCAGCAACCACCUCCUCCCCUCCGGCCGCCUCUGGGCGUUUGCCGAGCACAUUAGCCAUAGCCGACGUGAAGGGAAGAAUCGGCGGGACGGGAACACGGUGCGAACGCGGGUGCUGGGGCUGGUGGAGCUGGUGGCGGAGAGCUUGUGGGAGCAUGCGCGGCCGGCGGCGAGUCCGGAGAGUAAGCCCGGGGCGUAUGAGAAGGUGAAGCAGCGGCGGCCGAGAAGGGCGAUUGGGGAGGGGAAGGCGAGGUUGUAGGAUGGGCGGCGGCUGGGGCGGGUUGUUCGGGUAGAUACAUUUAGAUGAUAUCCCUGGAUGAGCGUUCGGGCAUGGGCAUUGAUAUAAUGGAGUCCGCAAUGAAUAUAUUCAGGCUACUGUUAUGGUCCCGGGCCCGUGGCCUGGGCCCUUGAGUAUGGCUGACGCCACAGGGAUGUGGCUAGUGGAUGGCAUGGAGGAUUAUCAAGGAUAUAGUCAUAUGGGAGCUAUGUGUUAGGACGGAGCUGUGUUAAGGAGCUGUGUUGAACUGUGUUAGUAUAGUAGAGAGAAGAGUUUAUAUCUCGCACACAGGCGCUGGGAGAUUUCUUCCUUCUCUCUCUUCUGUUUAGAUUAAUG